AUGGACACGGUGGUCGGGCCGAAGAUGCGCAAGGCCUGGUUCUGCACGUUCGAAAAUCUCGUCUUCGACGGCGCCAAGUGGCGCGCGUUCUGCGACCUCACGCGCUGGGGCCGCGACAGACGGUACCUCGAGGACCUGCCCUGGGCCUUCGGCCGCGACGUGCUCGUCUCGUCCGGCGCGCCGCCGGCGUCGACGCCAAAAAAAUCACGGCCGACGUACGUCGCGUUCGGCGAUUGCCGGACGGGCAACCCGGGCCACUGCAUCGGCGACUGGCAGAACUACCGCAUCGUGUCGCGCGUUUUGAACGAGUCGUCCUUCGACGCGAUUUUAUUCGCGGGCUUCGGCGACGGCCGCUGGCGCGGCGAGUGGGACGCGGUCGUCGAGCCCGAAGCGGCCGUCUACGCGACGGGCGCGCUGUCGCCCCUGGGCAUGCACGGCCCCCACUGGCAGGUCGGCCACUACCUGCUCGCCGCGCGCGCGCGGCCCGGCUGCCGCGGCCGCCCGCCGCCGUCGCCGGUGCUCGUCGACGUCACGACGCGCGCGACGGCCGCGGCGGCCGUCGACUUUUGCGGCCUCGUCCGGGCGAAGCGGGUCCGCGCCGCGGGCGCGCCCUGCGGCGCGUCGGCCUUCGUCUUCCUCUACGUCCUCCGGCCGGCGCGCCGGACCGGCGGCGACGCGACGCCCCUCCGGGAGAUCUCGAACGUCGACGAUCUCCUCGCGGCCGUCGAAGGCGAGCACCCGACCGCGGCGGUCGUCGCGGCGGACUUCAUGCGCCUGUCCCCCGUCGAGCAGGAGGCCGCCGUCCGGCGCGCCGACGUCGUCUUCGGCACGCACGGCGGCGGCCUCUGGAACGCCGCGCGCUGGAUGCGGCCGCCCCAGGCGCUGCUGGAGAUCAUGCCCGCGGGCGGGCCGGGGAGCACGGAGCACAUCGCCCACGGCCUCGGCGUCGCCUACUACGAGGUCCGCUGCGACGCGUGCACGCGAGCGACGGGCUUCUCCGGCGACGUGUCCAUCGUCCGAUGCCUCGAGCAACUCGGGCGGGCCGUCGCCGCGGUCCCCGCCGUCCCGGCCGCGGCCGCCGCGGCCGUCGCCGCGCCCGUCGUCCCGCCGCCGCCGCCGCCGCCCGCGGCGCCGCGGCCGCCGGUCUGGCAGCGCAAGACAAAGAAGACCUACAAGGAGGUGGACAUGCCGCCGUUCGACGCGCCCAGGAUCGACCCGUACCGGCACCGCGCGAAUCUCGCGGGCCCGCUCGACGCCGCGGCCUGCGACGCCCACCGGCGCGCCGUGCCCUACCACGCCCGGGCCAUGAAAUUGGUCGACGUGAGCCCCGUCUACGAGGCGCCGACGUUGCCGCGCGUGCUCUGCGUCAUCUACACGGUUGCGAAGCACCACGCGACGGCCGGAAAGGCCGCGUCGGAGACGUGGCUCCCGCGCUGCGACGGCGCCCUCAUCCUCAGCGACGAGAGCGACGAAACCGUCGGCGCCGUGGGCGUGCCCCACGAGGGGCCCGAGGAGUACAACAACAUCUGGCAGAAGACGCGCGCGAACUGGCGCUACGUCUACGAGUACUACCGCGACGACUUCGACUACUUCCACUUCGGGGGCGACGAUCUGUUCCUGCUGGUGUCGAACCUCAAGGCCUACCUGGCGUCGCCGCCCGUCAAGGCGCGCAACGACCGCGGCGAGCCCCUGUUCCUCGGCCGCCGCUUCAAGUUGAACGGCAACGAGAAGCACCUCUUCAACUCGGGCGGCAGCGGCUACACCUUCAACCGCCAGUCCCUGGCGCUCCUCUACGACUCCUUCGACGAGCCCUUCUGCCAGCCCCACCUCCACGGCUUCUACGAGGACGUCAUGGUCGCGGAGUGCUUCCGCAACGGGCCCGCGCACCUCCUGCCCACGGACACGCGCGACGCGACGGGCGCGGAGCGGUUCCACCCCUUCACGCCGGGCCAUCACCUCUUGCGGGAGCCCGAGGACUGGUACGCGAAGUACAGCUUCGACCUCAUCGAGGGCGAGAAGUACUUCAGCCGGCAGUCGACGGCCUUCCACUACGUCAAGCCCGACCUCAUGGUCCACAUGGACGCGAUCCUCCACCGCUGUCCGAGCCACUAA